AGAGGACGCGAUGGUCGCCCUUUUUUUUGAAUCCGAAGGGAAGUUUAGGACCCUCAUCGGCGCUAUUGUUGACCCCACGGAGGCCACGUAGCUCCCUGGAUCGAUUUUAAACGUGGGAGGAAGAGUUGCUUUUAUUAAUGUGAACAGAAGCGUAAAAAAGGAGACGGAGAGUGAUGCGCCUGGAAGCAAAGAGCGCGUCCGGUGUGACUGCAGGCCGGAGGGUUUGAAUUUUGUCCUCGGCGAAGGGCUGGUGGGAAUUUGAGUGCGUCCAUUCAUUUUACUGCGAGGGCGUCCCGUUUGGAAAAGGAUAGGGGAAAGAAAGGGAGCGGGCAUUGGGAUCAUUUGGCAUCAGGACGCCACCGGUGGGGCCUGGGAGUCUCCCAUUGUCCUGCCUUUCUCCAACACCCUCCUUUUUCAUUUUGUAGGUCGCACAACUCUUUAUACUCGCCCGGUUCUUCGCAAUCUCAGCAACCUCAGCUCUCCCCUGUUGCAACUCUCCUGCCCAUCAUCCUCUCCCACCCCUAUUCCUUCCUCAUCAUCUCCUCGUUUUAGCCUCCCCUGCCCUCCCAUCCUCCCUUCUCUUGCUCCCCCCUCAUCGGCCUCCAAGAUAGAUUCCCUCAGGAAUAAGGUUGACCUACUCAAACUGCCCCUGGCUCUCUCCACCAAGUCCAUCUCCGAGCGCAAAAACCAACUGGGAGGCGUCGGCGAGCAGCGCGGCACGGCGGGAGGAGGCGGGGCUCGUAAAGCCCGCUCACCGCCGACCCGAGACAUGGACAACGAGUCGCAGUACUCGGGCUACUCAUACAAGUCUUCCCAUUCCCGAAGCUCCCGAAAGCACAGGGAUCGGCGGGACCGUCACCGCUCUAAGAGCCGAGACAGCAGCAGUCGUGGAGACAAAUCGGUCACCAUCCAAACACCUGGAGAGCCGCUUCUCGAUGCAGAGUCGACCCGCGGAGAUGACAGGGAUGACAACUGGGGAGAGACCACCACUGUGGUCACCGGCACCUCAGAGCACAGCAUCUCAAACGAGGACCUGACCCGCGUCACCAAAGAUUUGGAGGAGUCAACUCCACUGGAGUGCAAGCGUUUUGUGGGUCCAGCAUUGGGAGGCUGCCUGAGCUUCUUCGCCCUGGUCACGCCAUUAGCCUUCCUCAUCCUGCCGCAGGUCUUGUGGCGUGACGCCCUCGAGCCUUGCGGCACGCCCUGUGAGGGCCUCUACGUCUCCCUGGCCUUCAAGCUCUUGGUCCUGCUCAUCUCCUCCUGGGCCCUGUUCCUCCGCCCUCCCCGCGCCACUCUCCCACGCUUUUUUGUCUUCCGCUGCCUCCUGAUGGUGCUGGUGUUCCUGUUUGUGGCGUCGUACUGGUUGUUCUACGGUGUGCGUGUGUUGGAGCCCAGAGAACGGGACUAUAGGGGGAUUGUGGAGUACGCUGCCUCGCUGGUGGAUGCUCUGCUCUUCAUCCAGUACCUGGCUCUGGUGCUGCUGGAAGUCCGACACCUUCAGCCAGCCUUCUGCCUUAAGGUGGUGCGGAGCACAGAUGGUGCCAGCAAGUUCUACAACGUGGGCCACCUUAGCAUUCAGCGGGCAGCUGUCUGGGUUUUGGACCGUUAUUACAGCGACUUCCCCGUCUAUAACCCAGCUCUCCUCAACCUGCCCAAGUCCAUCCUGUCCAAGAAGAUGACAGGCUUCAAAGUUUACUCCCUGGAUGAAAACACCACCAAUAACUCCACUGGCCAGUCCCGGGCCAUGAUAGCAGCUGCUGCCAGGCGGAGAGACAACUCCCACAACGAGUAUUACUACGAGGAGGCCGAGAUGGACCGAAGGAUCCGCAAACGGAAGGCCAGGUUGGUGGUGGCAGUGGAAGAGGCCUUCACACACAUCAAGCGCCUCCAAGAGGAAGAGGCGGCCUCAUCUCCCAAGCACCCCAGAGAGGUAAUGGAUCCUCGAGAGGCGGCUCAAGCCAUCUUUGCCCCGAUGGCCCGGGCCAUGCAGAAGUACCUGAGAACCACACGGCAGCAGGCCUUUCACAGUAUGGAGAGCAUCCUCACACACCUUCAGUUCUGCAUCACGCACAACAUGACGCCCAAGGCUUUCCUGGAGCGUUACCUCACCGCCGGCCCCACCAUGCAGUACCAGCAGCAGAACGGUAGGGGGCGCCAGUGGACUCUGGUGAGCGAGGAGCCGGUGACCUCAGCCCUGCGUCAGGGUUUGGUCUUCUCCCUGCGACGCCUGGACUUCUCACUUGUUGUGACGGUGACGCCGCUCCCCUUCCUGCGGCUCGGGGAGGAGUUCAUCGACCCAAAGAGCCACAAGUUCGUCAUGAGGCUGCAGUCUGAGACCUCGGUGUAAAGGCGUCCAGUAAAAAGUCUUCUUUUUCCCACACUUUCCUCUCCCCUCGUGCUCACUCCUCCUGGAUCACUGAUGUGGUGGGACAUGUGGAGGCCAUGUGGUCUAUUCUCGCCCAAUCAUUUCCCCUCUCAUCAACAAACAAACCAUUCAGAGAGGAACAUCUCUGUGGGCCUCCUCCUUCCUGUUUUGUGAUCAACACAGAUGCUUGGCGUCAGACUGUGAUCAGCUCAACGAUUGUUCAAACCCUGGAAGUAAACAGAUGCCUUGACCUUUUCUUUUCUUGACGUUGUCUUUACAGCACGAUGUAAAAUUCUUUGUUCCUCUAAACGGGGACUUUUCCUCCUUUUGCCUCUUCUUUUGCUGUAACCACUGGACUAGUUUACUGUGCUGACUCAACACGUAAACACCAGAGGAAGGGGAUUACAUCACAUGUGUCACUUCCUCUUACUUGUGUCUUAAAAUCAGUCCAACUGGAUUUCAGCUCUGACUGCAACGCUGGUGUACCACUGCCCUCUGGUCCCCUGUCAGUCGUUGUGUUUAACAUAAGCAGGACUGUUGUUGUUUUUUUACAUAUAUAUGUUAGAGGAGUGACUUUUUAACUUUCAGAAUGUAGCAUUUUGUGCAGUGAGUUAACAUGUUUCUCUCCUCUGGCCUUGAAGGGCCAGUAUGUCUUUUUUUUUUUUUUUUUUUUUUUAAUUUUUAUGUAACUGUUAAGUAAAAUGGAAGUACAUUCCUAACUCAUUACAACUCCAAACUGUAUGUUCAUGAUUGUUUAAAUAUGCAGCUUUAGUUUAUUUAACACUGGUACUUUUACUAUUGAUGUCACAGUUUUAGCAGGCCGUGUUACAGAAUAAAAAUGACAUUUUCACCUGGUAUUAACUGAGAUUCUGAACAUUACUUACGUGAGGAUUUUAAAAUGUGAGCUUGACGGUGUUCUGAAUUUUUCAUACUGUCAAAAAAUCUAGCGAAAAGACCAACGGUGCACUCGUCUCGAGUGUCAUUACUUGGAAUCUAUUCAUUGCUGCUACUUCCUAAGAACAACUCAUACAUGCAUUAUGCUGUUAUUAUUCUUUUUUUAACUUAUAGAUACUAUGUUUUUGGAAAUGUUACUCAUGCCUAAGUAGUAAGUGGAUUUACUCAGUGCUAUUUAUAGCUGGUGACUUUUAGAUACAAUUGAGUAUUUUUGGCAGCAGGAUGGUGUGAGUGGAAGAAUAAAUUGCACAGCAAUGGAAAAACUGGAGCCAAUAACAGGCGGAUGCCACUCUUUUACAGAGUAAAACAUUUCUAAUGUCACAAUGUUUGACAAUAUGAAAAACAAGAGUAUUACCAGCCUCACUCUUUAAUGCAAAUGCAAUCUGUACGUCCGAUGUGUUGAAAUGCUGGUAAAAUCUUUGCAUUUUAAGCGAUAAAUUCUGCAGAUUUUCUGUGACUGAUUGGAAAAAAGCAUACUGUGCUAAAUUCAAGUUAACUGUUUGUGCAACCAUGUUUCAAGAGUUUCCUUAACAGAUACCAACAGAGUUUCUGCAUUAUUGAGGGUAUAUUUAGAUUCUGCAGAAGAAGUUACGCCUGCACACUAACUCUAAGCCACCCUAAUAAUCAGAUAACAGCAUUUUGAGUCACUGUGUGCAGGCGCUCAUCUCUCAUAAAACUUCAGUCUAUCUGAAAAUGCCCUGAUUAUUAAUAUUGGAAGUGAAAUAAUACAGUGUAUCGUUACAGUGUAAUACCAGGUGUAAAUGUAGUCAGUCUCACACUUUUUACACAAUUAAAUGAAUCCAGAUGAGGCAGCUGUAGUUUAACUAUGAGCUGGCUUAUUGUGUUUUUGUUUUUUUUUUUUUGUUUUUUUACAUGCAUAUCUACAAGAAUCCCAAACCAGACAUGUGAUUGUAACUCCUCUCUGCAGCUCCUCUGCAGCAGUAGCUUAUCACCGCCUCGCCUUGUGCCACGAGCUGAAACGGACACAGUGAACAUGCUGCCUACGACCUUUCCUCAGCCUUAGUUUCCAGAUGUGGAGGAGCAGCAGACUCUGACUCCGCCACCCUUUCGUCUGCAGGUCCUGAUACUUAACCCGAUGUUUCCACCCCACAGUUUGCUGAGCCACAGACAAAAGCAGGCUGACUGUCUGCUUUUGUCAAAUGCGGUUUUAAAAAGUCCUUCACAUUUCUGAAAAAUGAAACCAACAAACGCCAGGUCCGAUUUGUUCGAUAUUUCAUCUGAUUUUUGUAAAAAAAAUACAAACGAACAAAAGAAUGCAUGCAUAGAUUUAUUUUGGGCUCCAAAUCCUUUUUAUAAUAAGUUGUUUUCUAUCAUUUUUACGGUGCCUAAGUUAUGAUGAUGCAAUUUUCAGAAUGUAAAAAAAAAAUUUGUAGAUCUGUGUUGUAUUUUGUUCUUUUUGGUAACUGUAGCUUGUAUAGUGUGCUAGGCUUUUUUCCAUUAUUAAACCAUUUAUUACUUACAA